AUGAGUAAUAAUGAUACCAAUGAUCAAGAAUACCAGAAUAUAACAUCAACCCUAUCAUCAUUUUAUAAAUUCUACGAAUACCAACUAGAAAAACUAGUAAAACCAAGAAUUCAUAAAUUUGAAAUACUACCAAAACAAGAUCAACAAUUAUUAUUAUGGUAUCAAAAACAUACAGAAUAUAUUCAAGAAUGUAUACAUAUCAACAGAAUAUUUACUCAGAAGCUCGCAAUGGAUGCUGCUCAAGAUUGGGGUAUUCCAUUAGAACAUGAAAUUUGGGCACCUGCUUCACAAAAACAAUUUGAAUUAACUCAAUUAAUUUUAUUACAAUUAACUAGAGAAUGGAGUGAAGAAGGAUUAAAAGAAAGAAAAAAUUCAUAUAAUUUAAUAAUGAAUCAAUUAAAUGAUAAAUUUCCCAAUUUUUUAGAAAGAUCAACUAAAAAAAUCUUAGUACCUGGUUGUGGAUUAGGUAGAUUAGUAUUUGAAUUAAUUUGUCAAGGUUUUAAUACUCAAGGAAAUGAUAAUGAUUAUCAUAUGUUGUUUACUUUUAAUUAUAUACUCAAGAAUUGUGAUUUACCUUUUAAUUUAUCAAUUUUCCCAUAUUUAGAUAAUUCAUUAACGAAUUUUACCAAAAGACAAUUUCAAAUUAGACCUAUAAUUAUACCUGAUAUAUCACCUAUUGAAAAAUUAAAUGAAUUAAAUAAAAAAUAUAAUGGAGAAGUACCGUAUAAUGAUUUGAUUUCAAUAACUGCUGGUUCAUUUAUUGACUUAUAUGGGAAAGUUUUAGAGUCAGAUUCAAAAGAAGCUCAACAAUUAAAGUUGCAAAAUAAAAACCAAUUCGAUAUAGUAGUAACUGAAUAUUUUUUGAAUACAGGAAAUAUGAUAGAAUAUAUUAAGACAAUAAAUAAUUGUUUAUCAACAAAUGGAAUAUGGAUAAAUUAUGGUCCCAUAACAGAAGAAAAUAAUAAAGAUAAUGAAAUAGAUUUUACAAAAGAAGAUUUAGGAGAAUUAAUAACCAAAUUAGGUUUUCAAUUUCUUGAAAGAAGUGAUUUCAAAGAUUCUUAUUUUAGUAAUGAUUCACUGCUUUCUACAAAUACUCAAACUUGUGAAUUUUGGAUUUGUGAAAAAAUUAUUUAA